AUGGCCACCAAACUUGUGGAUCUGGUGUACUGGCGGAACAUGAGGAGGACCGGUGUGGUGUUCACCGGACUGGUGAUCGGUCUGGCCAGCAUGUUCCAGCUCAGCGCCAUCACCGUGCUCUCCCACAUCUGUCUGGGUGUCAUGUGUGUCACCUUCCCUCUCCGUCUUUACUAUAAGCUGCUGGAGCUGCUGCGCUGGAACCCUGGGCUGCACCCUUUCCAGUCGCAUCUAGAUUAUGACAGCUCUCUGACAGAUAAGGACACUGUGAUGCUAGUGGAGGAGGUGGUGUUGCUGAUUGCAUUUGCAGUUACAGAGAUCAAACGCCUCCUUUUCAUCGACAGCAUGAUCGAGUCUAUUAAGUUUGUUGUGCUCCUGUAUCUGUUGACCUAUGUCGGUCUCCUAACCAACGGGCUGACUCUGGUCAUUACUGCUGUCAUCGCUAUUUUCUCCUUUCCAUUGUUGUACAAGAAGCAGCAGGUGCGGAUAAGGAGGAUGGUUAGAGUGAUCAAAGCUUUUGUAAAGAGAAUCAAAAACUUGUUCCUCAGUGUGUAUAAUUUAGUGAGACCCUCCGCUGCCCCUGCCCCAAAACCUGCACCUGCACCUGCAGCUGCAGCUGCCGCCAAACAGAAAGCCAAGUCAAAAUAA